GGAGCCGGCUAGGGAGACUCUGUAAGUGCAGACAAAAGGAAAAAAAAACACACAAACAUGGUGAAUACGAGGAAAAGCUCACGGCCAGGGAGUGGUCCCUUCAUCUCCUCCAGGACUAGGUCGUCGUCGAGAAACGAGCGAAACUCUGAGGAACAUAAGGAGGCCAGUAGUGAUGUGAGUAGUACCAGCAGCCCUUGGUUGGCCCCCCCUUCCAAGCGGACACGGCGGCAGACCGCCUCUGAGCCCAGCUCCAGUGACACUUCUCCGUCCCCUCAGACUAAGGGCCAGAGGGUCAGCUGGGACAUUCCCACCUACCGCACUAGGUUGUCAUCUCGUAUAAUGCAGAAUGGGCACGCCCAUAUGAGUCACCGGAAUGAGGAGAGUGGAGGGGGAGAUCACUCUCACAUGAAUGGCCAUGUGGAGCUGAAGAGGAGCUGCAGGGUGAAGAAGAGCCAAUUUGAACACCUCAAUCAAAGCCUGCUGUUUGACCAGCUGGUCAAUAGCACUGCUGAGGCUGUCCUUCAGGAGAUGGACAACAUCAGCAGCAUCCGGCAGAACCGUGAGGUGGAGCGACUCCGCAUGUGGACUGGAGACACUGAGGAGGAAAACAUGGACAUGUAUUCCCGGGUGAAGCGUAGGAAAUCCAUGCGCAGGAGCACUUUCAGUAUGCCUGCACACCACAAAGUCAUGAGUAAAGCGGAGCAGGAGGAUGAAGAGGAAGAGGGUACAGAAGAAUCUCAUGAGGAAGAAGAAGAGGAGGAUGCGGAUGAUGAUGAUGACGAUGAUGAAGGGGAUGAAGCGGAGGAGGCAGGAGAGGAAAAUGACAGACCGUACAACCUGAGGCAGCGUAAAACAGUGCAGAGAUAUGAGGCACCACCUAUUGAACCUGUGAACAGAAAACCGAGCAACCAAUCACUUUUUGACACCCACAGAUCCCCAGCAAGAAGAAGCCAUAUAAGAGUGAAGAAACAUGCCAUUCACAGCAGUGACACAACCUCGUCUUCUGAUGAGGAGCGGUUUGAGCGAAGAAAAGGCAAGAGCAUGACCCGAGCAAGGAACAGAUGUUUGCCCAUGAACUUGACAGCUGAAGAUCUGGCAAGUGGGGUGCUGCGGGAUCGGGUGAAAGUAGGUGCCAGCUUGGCAGACGUAGAUCCCAUGAAUCUUGACAGCUCAGUGAAAUUUGACAGUGUGGGUGGCCUAACUACUCACAUUCAGUCGCUAAAGGAGAUGGUAGUGUUCCCGUUGCUUUACCCUGAGGUCUUCGAGAGGUUCAAGAUUCAGCCUCCCAGAGGGUGUUUGUUUUACGGCCCCCCGGGGACAGGAAAGACUCUGGUAGCACGGGCACUUGCCAAUGAGUGUAGCCAGGGAGACAAGAAGGUUUCCUUCUUCAUGAGGAAAGGAGCCGACUGCCUCAGCAAGUGGGUCGGUGAAUCAGAACGCCAGCUACGCCUGCUCUUUGACCAGGCUUAUCUGAUGAGGCCAUCCAUUAUCUUCUUUGAUGAGAUUGAUGGUUUGGCUCCAGUUCGCUCCAGCAGGCAAGACCAGAUACACAGUUCUAUUGUGUCCACUCUGCUGGCCUUGAUGGAUGGCUUGGACAGUCGUGGGGAGGUAGUAGUCAUUGGUGCUACAAACAGACUUGACUCUAUCGACCCGGCACUCAGGAGACCUGGACGCUUUGACCGGGAGUUUCUGUUCAACCUGCCUGACAAGAAGGCCAGAAAGCAAAUCCUGGAGAUCCACACACGGGACUGGAAUCCCAAAUUGGCUGAGCCAUUUGUAGAUGAACUUGCAGAAAAAUGUGUUGGCUAUUGCGGUGCUGACAUCAAAGCACUUUGCACAGAGGCAGCCUUGGUGGCAUUGCGCCGCCGCUACCCCCAGAUCUACGGCAGCAGCGUCAAACUGAAGCUGGAUGUCACAUCCAUUGUCUUGGGGCCUGGCGAUUUCAGCAAGGCCAUGAGGACAAUCGUCCCAGCCUCCCAAAGGGCCCUGGCUCCCCCAGGCCGAGCCCUGUCCCCCACCCUCAGGCCCUUGCUGGCCAGCUCUUUCUCCUUGGUGCUGAAAGCUCUGCUCCGAGUCUUCCCCCAUGCUCAGUCUACUGACAUGGACAACACACACGGCGGUGACAAUCAUCAGCUUGAAGAGGACUUGUACAGCGACAAUGACAAUGAGGACGGCUGUGCUUCCAUAUAUGAAGUCCAGCCUGCUGCAUCCCCAAAGAGUCAGCUCUCCUCUUCUGCAAUGCACAGACCCUUCCUCCAUUACUCAACCUCUGCCCUCCAACAGCCCACAGCAUACCGGCCUCGUCUGCUGCUAGCCGGGGCCCCAGGCUCAGGACAGAGCUCCCAAUUGGCUCCUGCCUUGCUGCACCACCUGGACAAGCUGCCAGUGCACCGCCUGGACUUGCCUACUCUCUACUCUGUUAGCGCUAAGACGCCAGAAGAGUCCUGUGCUCAGGUUUUCCGUGAGGCCCGCCGGAGCGUGCCCAGUGUGGUGUUCAUGCCGCAUAUCUCAGAGUGGUGGGAGACAGUGAGUGAUACUGUGAAGAGCACUUUCCUCACCCUGCUACAGGAUGUGCCAUCUUUCAGCCCUGUUCUUAUUUUUGCCACCGCUGAGACUCACUACUCACAGCUGUCAGAAGAGGUGAGAAGUAUGUUCCAGAGGAGCUAUGGGGAGGUAGUAACGCUGUGCCCUGCAGGAGAAGAGGACAGGAGGAACUUCUUCUCUAACCUGCUGCUGGUCCAAGCAGCCAGGGCUCCACCACGCUUCAGGAAUACAGAAAGGUGUGAAGAGUUACUACCUGUGGCGGAGGCUCCGGGCCCCAGAGUCCUGUCAGCAGAGGAACAGCGCCGCCUGGCUGAACAGGAGGAAAACACACUACGUGAGCUCAGGCUCUUUCUCAGGGACGUGACCAAGCGCCUGGCCACUGACAAACGUUUCAACAUCUUCAGCAAGCCAGUUGACAUUGAUGAGGUGUCAGACUACCUGGAGGUGAUUCGCCAGCCCAUGGACCUGUCCACUGUCAUGACCAAGAUUGACACCCACAAGUACCUGACAGUGAAGGACUUCCUGGUGGACAUCGACCUUAUCUGCAGUAACGCCUUAGAAUACAAUCCUGACAAGGACCCUGGAGACAAGGUGAUCAGGCACCGAGCAUGCAGUUUAAAGGACACGGCCCAUGCUAUAUUUGCUGCCGAGCUGGAUCCUGAGUUUGAUCGCAUGUGUGAAGACAUAAAGGAGGCGCGCAGGAAGAGGGACCACCAGAUGCCAACUCAGCUGACGGCAGCGCCGGGUGCUGUGGCAACCAGAAAGCAUCACGCUGCAGGAGAGGAGCAGGCCAGGAGCAGCACUCAGGGCGAGGCCACUGACAAACAGUGCACCACUAAUCAUAUAAAGCGGAAGGUUCGUAGGCGGCCAUCUUGGGGGCGGGGCAUAAUCCGUAAGAAGAAGAUCUACAAGAAAGGAACUGAAGAGGAGGAGGAUGAGCCUGAGGCGGAGGCGGAAACCGCAGGGCCCAGUGACUCAUGUUUGACACAGGAUGAGGAAUCAUCAUGUGAUACCACAGGUCCCCAGCCCAAUGGCCACCAUCCCCAUGCCCCCUCCACAGAGGAGGAGAGCUCCAAUGAGCCCCCUGUUGCAGCUCCUGCUGAACCUCCGGAUGCCAAUGAAGCACGAGAAGAGCCAACACCUAAGGAAGAGGAGCCCACAGCCAAAGAGCCAGAGUCUGAGAACACAGAAAAACACACUGAGCUGCUUUGCCUUGGUGGCAGUUCUCCACCCAAGGCAGAGGGGGAUAACCAAGCCAAGGAGGCUGACUUCCAGCCUCUGAUUGAAACGUCCGAGUCUUCAGAUGCUGAGGCCCAGCCUAAGCACACAACGGCUCUCCUAGUGUCACAAGUGGACUGUGUGAAUGGGAAUGAGUCGAUGGACAGCCUGGACGUGCAGAGCCUCAAGACAAGCAGUGAGGCUGAGAACAGGACUCCUCAGAGUAAGCCUGAGGGAUCUGACAUGCCAGAACAGGAAGAGCACAAAGACAAAAAUGAGAGCAACCAAACUCAGGAGCACCCUCCCCAAGAUGGGAGGAUAGUAACGGAAAGUGUUGAGGAAGAUCAAGAUAAAGAAGGGGAUUCCUCAGUGGGGAAAAACAAGAACAGCCUGUCAGAGCAGUUGAAGGGAUCCGCUGAAAGGACGGAAGAAGAGCCACAUCCAGUCCCUCCUCAUCCUCCGGUAGUGGUUGACCAUGAGCGACUUUCGGCUCUACUGGAUAUGGUGGUGAAGAAGAGUGAGGGCUACAGCGUGGAGCAGCUGGAGAGACUGUACUCUCUUCUCAGCCAGUGUAUCUUCCAGCACCGCAGAGAGUACGACAAGACCCAGCUACUGGAGGAGAUGGAGGAGAGAAUCCAGCAUUUUGAUACAUUCCUGUGAGAUGGAGAGAAUACCUAUCAGGUAUAUCCUGAACAGCCCGGGACCACAAAGACACACACAAACUUGAGAGAGAGAGAGAGAGAGAGAGAGAAGAGAGAGAGUGAAGGAGCGUCCGAGUCCAGCCCUCAACACACAACUACACACACGGAAAAUCCAGCGCCCUCCUCCGGCAGGGAGGGUACACAACGAGGACGAGGUUGAGGACAGAGACAUUCCAUGGUGCUAACGUCUCAGGAACCUGGCCAGAUCCAGACCCAUUCUACACAACCAAACCCCUGGAGGUGUGUCAGUCACACACAUGCGCACUCACACCAAUUGUGACGGUGCCCUGGUGCUACUCGGGUGCUAUCUUAACUUUUAUCCAUGCUGCUCUUGGGAUUCACUUCUUAACUUGGACGACUAGCAAAACCAACAGACAGAUCGAGUGAUGUCAUAUCACAACUUGGCCGUUUUUCUAUUGAGCGGCCUGUGCAUACACACUCGCACACCCCCUGACACUUUUGGUAUGCAUGCAUUUCUUAAAACACACACAUACACACACAUACACACACACACUCACUCAGAUCCUCACCAGCAGAAGUGUGAAUGCAGAGUGCCGCUAGGAGAUGAGGACAGAUAAUGUUCUGAAUCACUGAACUACGUUGCUGAGCCAAUCUUGCCCUCGAGUGGAACGCUUUCCCACAGGCCAGUUAUUACCAUGCUAUUAUGCGGCUCAUUUUUUCUGCCAUUUUAGCUACUUGAUUAGUUCAACAUCUGAGCCACUGUCAAGGUUAACUCACCCAGAACAAUAGUUUACAAAAAUAAUUUUUAAUGCGAACACAAAAAUCUUGAUGAGGUUAGCACAGCGGGACUAGAAGUGAUUAUGUCCUUUCCAUCACGGCGGUCAUCGGGUGUGGAAAGCUCAUUGUUUUUCUCUGAGUUAUUGGUGAACAAGUGCAGCGUAAGCCUAGGUCAGCUCUUAAAAUAAAUUAAAGAGAGAAAAAAAAGAAAAAAAACCCUCACUCAAGACAUUCGCUCACAAACCACCUCUGGCGUUCACAGUCUUAGCAGAUUGUCACGUUCUAAAUAGUUUGUGUUAGCUGAACCCCUCCUCGUUACAUUCAUAAUACGAAUGUCCUCCCCCCGCUCUCCACUCAAGCCGUUCCCGCCAGUUGAUUUUCCGAUCAACAGCCCGGCCAAGGAACUGGAAGCAGUACAAAUUGGAAUGCGUCUGUAGUUUGCACUGCCUAGUGUGUGCCUUAUUUAAAUCUCAUAUGAAACUGAUAUAUUUAACAUGAUUUUUUUAUUUAGAACUACUUGUUUAGAAAUACAAUGAACAGGCUCCAAUUUGGGGUGGGUCCUAACCACUGAGGUCACAAUGACCUUGAAGGAAAAAAAAAAAAAUAUAUAUAUAUAUAUAUAUAUAUAUAUAUAUAUAUCUUAACGCCAUUAGGUCUAUUAAAAACAUAUCUAGGUUAUACAUCUCUAGUUAGUUUUAACUUGGUCCAAAAAUAACUAAUUGACAUGUGAAAACCUGAGGAAUACUUGUUGAUAUUACUUCUCAAGCACUUGAAAUGUUGUGAUGUUUAAAUGUAAUUCAUGCCCUGUUAAACCCCACACUAGUUGGGCAGAUCAGUCACCACCUGAACAGGUGUAAAGAGAGGUCAACAAACACCAGCUUUUCUUCAGUUUUCAUUUGUGAAAAAAAAAAAAAGAUGCGAGUCAAAUGAUUCAUUGUGCCAAGUUUCAUCCCACUCCCUCAAAGGUGCUGAGUUCUGACAUAACGGUGCCUGUUCACAUUAAUUCUGUUUUCAACUAUGAAAAAAUGUUCUAUUAGAUACGAUUUCUGUAUUAUGUUGUGUAUUUGAUAAUUAUUUUUUAACUUGUUUUAUAAGGUGCUUUGCUCAAGUUCAGAUUGUUUUUGCAUGGGUUGUGAAUCCAUAAUGAACAAGGCCAUUCUAGGCAGUGCCCGUCACUAAGGUGUAUAAAGCAUUACAUGAUUUUUUUUUAAUGAUUUUUUUUUCUCUCCUCCUUUCAAAUGUGUACCGACUUUAUGGAUUUGUUUCAUUCUGUUCUUUUCAACACCAGAUGAGAGAGGGUGGAUUUUCAUUUUGUGGCCAACACAGCAUGUUCUUUGACUGCAGUAAAUGCAGGUAUUUACUGAAGCUUUAUAAGGUUCUCAUGGCAUUCUCAUGGUUUUUGAAGAUGCCAUAUUUUGACCAGGUGUAGACUGGAGAAGGCCCCUUCUUUCUCUCAAAAGCACUCUUGUCCAAUCCUCAAACCUCUUGGUGCAACUCUGACCCCAGCUCACCUCUGCCUUUUUUCUCAGAUUCUAGGUGAUAAAAGCAAAGACCAUAUGCAAACUGGCAAUGACAGGUUAGCACUUGGACUACUGCAGAGAGAGAAACCAAAGCUACCUCAGCUUAAUUUAUUUUAAUGCAAAAACUGUUUACUGGGUACAAAAACAGUAUUUUUCUCUCCCCCCAAAAUACUGUUGCCACAUCUACAGUACCAUCCCAGGUACCAGAUCAGUGCAACCACGGCUGCUGCAGUAAUCCAAGAGUCGUUUAUCUCUCUGAUUGUUAUGUAUGUUUGCAUUUGAGCCAGAUGAUGAUUGCAUACGUUUUAAGGAUAUUUCAUGGACUGUAUAUUUUAUGCUUUAGUUUCAGGUUUGCUUCAUUUCUACUGUACCUUGAGACGGAGGAGAAUAUCCUAGAUCUGCUCCUCUUUCAUUUUAUCACCCCAUACCUUCUUAGAAGCUAUAGAGAGCAUUUUUCUGCCUCAUUACACAUCCAUCGCCUUUUUUCAAAAUCAGUUUUUUUGCAGAUUUUCAUCUCAUGAUUCUUAUUAUUUAUUAUUAAACAUGUUUUACACCUAAUAUUCAGUAAAUUGUCUUUUGUACUUUUGAAAAAUGUACUAAUUGGAAAGCCUCACGCAUCCGUUUAUAACAGUUUUGCUGAUUUGCGUAGCGUUUGUGUAGCAGGUUUUUUUGGCGUGUAAGGGGAAUAAAGGGUUUACAGGUCUCUCAGGUUCAACACGCGACAACAUGCCCUUUCAAGUUUUCUAUUUAUUUUAAUGUUCUGGUGUUUUCUUUAAGUGGUUACAGACUGUGGCAUACUGGAAGAGACUUAAUAUUAGGACGGAUAUCUAAACUUAAACAUAAUGUCUGUCUCGUGCAUCCCAGGAAGAGAAA